AUGAAAGCAAAUUUGGCAAAAGGAAAUAUAGUAAGGGACAUCGGGUUGAAGGAGUAUGGAUACUUGGAAUGGUCGAAAGAUCAUUAUAACGUAGGAUUUUUUUAUUUCCUGCACCCAAUAGAAAAAAUGAAUUUUUAA